AUUUGGAGCGUUUCGAACUGUUGAAACGUCGCACGUUUACUAAAAAUACAAGUGAAAAUUUUCAGUAAUUUAACGCAAUAAAACUAUAAUUGCGAACGGUUUUUUAUUUUCAGCUGUGGUUGCUUUUUAUUAUCGUAUGUCCAUCCAGAAUUUAAAUACAUUUGACCCCUUUGCUGAUGCAAUUAAGGGUGCUGACGAUGAUGUUCAGGACGGUCUUGUACACAUAAGAAUUCAGCAGAGAAAUGGUCGAAAGACACUAACAACUGUGCAAGGAUUAUCAUCAGAAUAUGAUUUAAAGAAAAUUGUGCGAUCAUGUAAAAAGGAAUUUGCCUGCAAUGGCACAGUAAUCGAACAUCCCGAAUACGGAGAGGUGUUACAGCUUCAGGGCGAUCAACGCGAAAAUAUCUGCCAAUGGUUAACAAAGGCAGGUCUAGCGAAACCAGAUCAACUAAAAGUGCACGGCUUUUAAACUAAGCAGCAAAUAUCAAUAUUUUGAAUUAUCCAACCAAGUCAGCAAACAAUCAACAGAAAGUCAAAGCAGUAACCAAUUAGAGGAAUUCUCAAUUCAUAGAUCACCAGAAACAAUAAUACGAACUAUAAGAGCAAUGUGUGCUUGUUAAGUGCAAGAGUUUUUUUUAAAUCCGCACUAACUUUGUAUAAUAACAACAACCACAAAUGUGCUAAAAUCAAUCGAAAAUGAUUGUGUUGAUUUUUAGCGAAAAGCAAUUAAGCACACUGAAAAUAAUUUAAAUACAAUAGUUAUCUACAAAAAUGUGAAUCGUAACAAUCCGUUUCCCUUAUUUCAUUGCCAAUACAUCAUAGAUUGACCAAAUUCACUCCACUUCCGAGUAACAUAAUUACAUUUUCAACGAAGUAUGUUUUUUAGUUGAUUGAAAUUAUUAUUAAUAAAAAUGUUAAAAUCAGUGUAUAACAGCAAACCUAACAAUGAAUGUAGUCAAAGUAAUGCUAAUAGUUUAAUAUUAAUAUGGAAACCCGUUUGGCGAAGGGAGAAACGAAUUCUCCGGCAUCUACGCUAAUGCACUCAUUACAAAACUAAGGAAGAAGACUAUUAUUAUUAAAUUUGCAAUUAUAUAAAUUAAUAUGAACAAAUGAAUAAAUAAUUUAAAACAA